UUGAGGUUAAACAACCAACACAAGUUACGGUUAUAUAUUUUGCAUUUCAAAGGAAAUUAUAAUGACUGGUGUCUAUGAAAUUUCCUGUAGGCUUUGCCUUAAAACUGUUACCGUUCAAAAUUUUGAAGUAAUAGAAAACGUUAUUAGAUAUGUUCUCGAUGUUCUUUUGCUGAAGCUGAAAUUCCAUGAUGAGAGCAAAGAGGUUAUAUGUAAUGCUUGCAGAAGAAAAUUAUAUGCGGCAUUCGAAUUCAAGUCGACGUGUCUGAAUACCGAUAACACAAUUAUACCACAUGUGGAUUGCGAAAAUAUGUUACAGAUCGACAUAAGGGAAGUGUACAGGAAGGAAGAGAGAAGCGAGUCAAUUUCAGAUAGUCAGAAAAUAUGUCGAUUGUGUAUGAACUUGGUAAAAAGUGAGUUUAUGUGCAUACGUGAAGAGGAACUCGAAGCUAUUCAGAAAUUGACUCCUGAAAUGAAUAUAAAUAUCAUCAAAGAUCCCGUUGUAUGCAAGGAAUGUUUUGAUUCCCUGUGUACCCACAACAAUUUCCUUAGAGAAUGCUUAGAAGUAGAGGAAAAAAUUAGAGGCGUUUAUGAUAAUUCGGCCACAGAAAGUCGAAUAGAUACUUCACCAUCUGAUUUAUUCGUUAAGACUGAAAACUUGGACAAAGAAUUCGAUAUUAGCGAGAUGGAACUGUCGAUCAAAACUGAAUGCGUCGACAUAAAAUCUGAAGAUGAGGAAAGAAGUGACACUCCACUGCUGAGUUCCGAUAUUAUACCAUUCGAGGAGAGUGACUCUAAAGAUGCAGAAGAGGAAGGAUGUAAACAUGAGAAUGGAUCAGCCAAUGAAUGUAAUACGAAAACCAAGCAGGAACUCAAAGUAUUGUACAAAUAUGAAACUAAAUUAAAGGGUCAUAUCAAAAGGCAUCAACUGAAACAUAAAGAUCCUUCAUUGGUUCAAUUGUACGAGUGUAAUGACUGUGAUUUCAAAACUAAAUACACGGAAAAUAUCAAACAACACCAUCUGACUCAUAAAAUUCCUUCAGAGGUUCAAAUGUACAGGUGUAACGACUGUGAUUUCAAAGCUAAAUACAGGAGUCUUAUUAAAAAGCAUCAGCUGAAACAUAAAGAUCCUUCAGUGGUUCAAAUGUAUGAGUGUAAUGACUGUGAUUUCAAAACUAAAUACAGGAAGAAUGUCAAAAACCACCAGCUGACACAUAAAAAUGCUUCAGAGGUUCAAAUGUACAGAUGUAACAACUGUGAUUAUGAGAGUAAAUACAAAGCUGAUAUCAAAAAACACCAACUGAAACAUAAAGAUCCUUCGUUGGUUCACAUGUACAGGUGUAAAGACUGUGAUUAUGAAACUAAAUACAAGAGUCAUAUCAAAUCACACCAACUGAUGCAUAAAGAUCCUUCUCAAAUUCAAAUGUACAAGUGUAAUGACUGCAAUUACGAAACUAAAUACAGGAAUGUUUUUAAAAAGCACCAACAACUGAAACAUGAAGAUCCUUCGCAAGUUCAAAUGUACAGGUGUAACAACUGCGAUUUCGAAACAAAAUACAGGGAGAAUGUCAAAAAGCACCAACUGACACAUAAAAAUCGUUCAGAGAUUCAAAUGUACAGGUGUAAUGACUGCAAUUACGAAAGUAAAUACAAAAAGAAUAUCAAACAGCACCAGUGGACACAUAAAAAUUCUUCAGAGGUUCAAAUGUACAUUUGUAGCGACUGCAAUUACAAAACUAAAUACAAGAAUGGUAUCAAACUGCAUCAACUGACACAUAAAGAUCCUUUGCAGAUUCGAAUGUACAAGUGUAGUGACUGUGACUACAAAACUAAAUACAAGAAUGUUAUCAAACUGCAUCAACUGACACAUAAAGAUCCUUCGCAGAUUCAAAUGUACAAGUGUAGUGACUGCGAUUACAAAACUAAAUACAAGAAUGGUAUCAAACUGCAUCAACUGACACAUAAAGAUCCUUCGCAGAUUCAAAUGUACAAGUGUAGUGACUGUGAUUACAAAACUAAAUACAAGAAUGUUAUCAAACUGCAUCAACUGACACAUAAAGAUCCUUCGCAGAUUCAAAUGUACAAGUGUAGUGACUGCGAUUACAAAACUAAAUACAAGAAUGGUAUCAAACUGCAUCAACUGACACAUAAAGAUCCUUCGCAGAUUCGAAUGUACAAGUGUAGUGACUGUGACUACAAAACUAAAUACAAGAAUGUUAUCAAACUGCAUCAACUGACACAUAAAGAUCCUUCGCAGAUUCAAAUGUACAAGUGUAGUGACUGCGAUUACAAAACUAAAUACAAGAAUGGUAUCAAACUGCAUCAACUGACACAUAAAGAUCCUUCGCAAAUUCAAAUGUACAAGUGUAGUGACUGUGAUUACAAAACUAAAUACAAGAAUGUUAUCAAACUGCAUCAACUGACACAUAAAGAUCCUUCGCAGAUUCAAAUGUACAAGUGUAGUGACUGCGAUUACAAAACUAAAUACAAGAAUGGUAUCAAACUGCAUCAACUGACACAUAAAGAUCCUUCGCAAAUUCAAAUGUACAAGUGUAGUGACUGUGAUUACAAAACUAAAUACAAGAAUGUUAUCAAACUGCAUCAACUGACACAUAAAGAUCCUUCGCAGAUUAAAAUGUACAAGUGUAGUGACUGCGAUUACAAAACUAAAUACAAGAAUGGUAUCAAAGUGCAUCAACUGACACAUAAAGAUCCAUCACAGGUUCAAAUGUACACGUGUAACAACUGCGAUUAUGAAACUAAAUACAAGGGUCAUAUCAAAUCACACCAACUGACACAUAAAGAUCCUUUUCAAGUUCAAAUGUACAGGUGUAACAACUGCGAUUUCCAAACUAAAUACAGGGAGAAUAUCAAAAAGCAUCAAUUGAAACAUAAAGAUCCUUCAGAGGUUAAAAUAUACAAAUGUACCAACUGCAAUUAUGAAACUAAAUUAAAAGGUAAUAUCAAAAGGCACCAACUUAAACAUAAAGAUCCUUCGCAGGUUCAAAUGUACAGGUGUAACCACUGCGAUUUCGAAACUAAAUACAGGAACUAUAUAAAACAUCACGAAUUGACACAUAAAAAUCCUUAAGAGAUUCAAACGUAUAGGUGUAACGACUGCGAUUACGAAACUAUGUUUAAAAGUCAUAUCAAACAGCACCAACUGCAACAUAAAGAUUCUAGUGACUGCGAUUAGGAAACUAAAUACAAGAGCGGUAUUAAAUAUCAAGUUCUGAAGUAGUAAGGACCUUCUUAAAUGCACAACCAAACAUAAAGAGUGUUUGAGGAGACCUCAGUUGAUGCACAAUAAACGUUUGCAUGUGUGGAUUACCACCCUUCGUGCAAAAUAUAGUUUAAAAUGGACGCAUAUGAAGAUCUGAAGAUAGUGGCGUUUGCACCUGAUUGUUCAGUUUUAUGCUAAUGUAACAAUUUUGCAGACUAAGAGUUUUUCUAGGAAUAUGUGAAUUAUGAAAUAUCAAUUUUGAUGAAAGAUUGGGUUGAUGCUCUUUUCUAUUUUUAAAAUAUUCUUAAUUAAUAAUGAUUAAAAUUUCCAUAUAUGGCAGACCUAGGAUUAAGUUUUCGACCUUAUUUGUGCUGUAACCUUAAAUGAAUA